CUGACAGAGGACCUCCUUUUCGAGGAAAGCGUAUCCGCGGACGGCCAACAGCAGGUCGCGCAGCACAACUUGGAGUUCAGGAAAUUGUUUGCGCGGAUCCGCCCGACGAGUGAGACGGAACUGAAGAGCGACAAGAAAAAGGCGCCAGGACGGC